AAAAAAAAGUAGGCCAAAAUCACUUUUUUUUAGGAUUUAUUACUAUUUGAAAAUUUUUUGGACGAAUUUUUGGGUUACCCUCUUUAAGUAGGAAUAUCUUGGAAAGGGUUAAGUAAGGACGGUAGGUCUCAUAGUGAUAUCUGUCGGAAUAACCCUAGACUACCUCCCCUUAACGGCUCCGCCACUAAUUUCCAGUCACCCCGUAUAUACCACGUGGCUAUCAUUUAGAAAUAAUGAUAUUUGAAGGGAGCGCUACAAAAAUACUCCUUUUUGUACAUUUUAUCAAAGAAUUUUAACGCUCCUUUUGGUAUGGCUUACAUUUUUCAAAAACUAUUCGAUACGAGUAUCGCUACUUUUUAAACGAUACCGAGUUAGUAUCGAUACCUCGAUCAAUGUUACAGCCGACAAUUGGUUUUCUUCUAAAGAGCUUUUUGAUGAACUUACUAAAAGAAAUGUGACUUACGUGGGAACUGUGAAAUAAAAUAAGAGGGAGAUACCAAACGAAUUCUUGCCACAGAAGAAUCGGCAAGUGAACUUCACCUUGUUCGGAUUUAUUGGCCAAAACACGGUGUGUUCCUAUGUGCCAAAACCAAACAAAGCUUGGUUUCUUCUAUGCACCAUAAUGAUAAUCAUAAGAUUGAUAAUGUCUCUAAAAAACCUGAUAUGAAUGAUAUGAUUCUAUACUACAACUCUACAAAAGGAGGAGUCGAUGAAACAGACAAGAAAUGUUUCAUUUACUCAAGCAGUCGUCGAACACGCAGAUGAAUUCUUGAUUUGAGUGGCGUCAAUGCUAAUGUACUAUUCAAUCAACAUAAGGACAAUAAGGAAAUAGAUAGAGGAAUCUUUAUAAAAACGGUAGCGCGUAGUCUCGAUGUAGCGCAUUUGCAGAGACGAUAAACCUCGAUCAAAAAUUUGUCAAGAGAACUGAACCUGACGUUGAAACGCGUUUUAGAUAAGGAUGCACCACGAUGAUGGAUGUAGCAGAAGCUCCAGAAGGAAACCAAAAGAAAAAAAGUAGUAUUUGUCUUCUUGCAAAAAGCCGAUAUGUCUGUAAUGAUGCACCAACAACCCAAUAUGCAAGCCAAGCAAAGAGUGGCAAGAAUAAUAGGACAAAUGAUCCUGUCAGAAUUAGAAUAAGAGUAGGUAAUAUUUUUAUAAUUUUAGGGGGCUAUUUAGGGGAGAUUAUUUACGGGGCGAUAUAUUUUUUAGUACCAUAAGUGAUCUCAAUGAAAAUGUUGACUUAAAAGUGCCGGUUUUCGUUAUUUUUGUAAUAAUUAGUACCUUUUUCUAAUAAAUAAUUUAAAAAUAUUCAAAUACUAUUACUUACAAACCAAUCUUUAAUUAAAAUAAACUCAAUAUGUUAUUUAUAUGGUCAAAUCAUUACAUGGGUCUGUAAGACCCUAUGUCCGUGCUAAAAUACAAGAUGUCAAUAUUUAGGUUAGGUAGAUAGAGGAAUUUUGCCUCUGCUUACGUCAAAUCCAACGAUUGUAUGGUCUUUUUUGUACGAUAUAAAAAUAAUUCCAGAAAAUGCCUUGUUAGAAAAGGCCUGUGCUGUUUGCAAAUAACCAUAGCCAAUGGAGAAAAUUGUGACAUAAAUGGACAAGAAUUUAUUGAAGAAAUCUAAAUCCAUUAUUAAAAGAUCUGUAAUCAGGAGAGCCAAUAAAAGUUCUUAUAAAAAUAACGAUCGGCAAGAUGUUUUUGCGAAUGUAUGUGCAGCACUUCGUAUCCUAUUAACUGUUGCCAAAGGAGAACAAAGUUCUUACCUAAGGUCUACUGUAUCAGGAAAGACUGUCCUAACUGACUGGCCUAAAAGUUAAAUUAUUUAGAAUUGAUAAAAAAGUUUGCAAGUGCUAAAGCUAGAAAAGUGUCAAUAUAGUUAUAUUCUUGCGAUAUUCAAUCGAUUUGUUUGCAUGAAAAUCAGAAUAAAUAAAAGAAGUUGACAAGCAUAAUAAAUUAUUGUUAUUUUUUGCGACCCACAUCACAUACAGUCGUGGUCAACUAAUUAGGGACACUCUUUGGUUAAACCGAAUUGUUAAUUAGUCAUUUAUGUGCCCGAUUAUACAAACAAUAACAACUUAUUAAACAUUAAGGGCCUGUUUCACAAUCGCGAAGUAAAGUUCUAAGUAAGCUACUUCGAACAUAACUGCUCAGUAAACUACUUAAUUGCGUUUCACAAUCCAACAGUAAGGUUAAUCACCACUUUAUCUGAUCAGUAAAUUAAUCAUCGGAUGGACUGCCAAGUAGCCGUUUACUGGAUAAGUAAAUUUGACAAAUGUUAUAACCUCAAAUAAAUGCGGUUCGAAAUCCGCAUUUAAUUAAAGUGCCUAUCAAUUUGUUUUCGUUUUAAAAUGGAUAUUUUUGAUAUUAUUGAAGAGGAAUUCGAUGAAUUUUUUGAUCGAGUGACGGGACCGCGUAGGGAACCAAUAUUUCGAAAUCGUUCGAAUAAUAUGGAAAAAUAUGACGAUACUGACUUCAAGAUGAGAUUUCGACUCUCUAAAGUAGCUGUGACUUAUGUUUUUUCUCUAAUACAGGACACAAUAACUGCUCCUACGUCGAGGAAUUAUGCAGUUACGCCUAUGGAUCGUCUUUUAUUAACAUUGAGAUAUUAUGCAACAGGAAGUUUCCUUACCGUAGUAGGUGACUUCACUGGUGUAAGCAAGGCUUCUGCUAGUCGCAUUGUUAAGUUAGUUUCACAUGCGAUUGCGCAAUUACGAUUACAAUUUAUAAAAUUUCCUACAAAUACGAAUCACCUGCAGGAAGAGUUUUAUGAUAUCGCAAGAUUUCCCAAAGUAAUAGCCGCUAUUGAUUGUACACACAUACCUAUCAAAUCUCCAGGUGGAGAAAAUGCAGAAAAUUUUAGAAACAGAAAGUCAUUUUUUUCUUUUAAUGUUCAAGCUCUGGUAACUGCAAAAUUGAAAAUAAUUGACAUUGUGGCUAGAUGGCCCGGAGCAACCCAUGAUCAAACUAUAUUCAAUAAUUCAUUUAUAAAGCAACAAUUGAUGAACAGAGAAUUUGGUCCUUGUGUAGUUCUCGGUGAUAAUGGAUACGAAAACAAUUCAUAUCUUCUAACGCCCCUCUCAAAUCCAAGAACACCUGCAGAGCAACUGUACAAUGAAUCCCAGAUAAGAACCAGGAAUGUGGUAGAAAGAACAUUUGGUGUUUGGAAAAAUCGGUUCCCUGUUCUAACCAAAAAAAUAAUAUUGCAUGUAUCACGAGUUCAGGCUGUGAUUGUGGCAUGUGCAGUAUUACACAACAUUGCUAUUGAUAUGGGAGAUCAACAAUUUGAAGAAAACUGGCCAGAAGAGUCUGACAACGGGGAGGAAUAUCACAGCAGCACACAGAAUACAGAGGAUAGUAGUGUACGCAGCAACUUAAUAAAUGACUAUUUUGCUUCACUAAUACGAUGAAUAGCUAUGUACAAAAAUUUAUUGGAAAUAAAAUGUUUACACAA